AUGCCACGGGCCCAAGAUCUGGCAACGGCGCUGCUGAGCACGACGGAGAAAUCCAUUAUCCCGCUGACAGCCAAACAAGUGUCGCAGGGGUCGAAGCUGUUCGGGGCGGCCGUGCUGGACCGGGCAACGCUGGCACCUGUGGUAUGCGCAACCAACAACGAACGCGAGUCGCCGCUGCUGCACGGCGAGAUCAACUGCAUCCAGGAGUUCUUCCGGCUGCCGCGCGAGCAGCGGCCUGAGACGUCAGAUUGCAUCUUCUUCGCUACACACGAGCCCUGCUCGUUGUGCCUGAGUGGCAUCACUUGGUCGGGGUUCAACGAGUUCUACUACAUGUUCACCUACGAGGACAGUCGGGAUUUGUUUGCCAUUCCAUACGACAUCGACAUCCUGAAAUCCGUCUACCAGGUCCCCUCGCCCGGCGACACCGAGGAGACCCUGGCGGCCAAACCGCUGUACAACCGCAAGAACAAGUUCUUCACGGCCCAGUCGCUGGCGGACCUGAUCGACAGGGUGGAGGACGAGGAGGCGCGGACGACGCUGAAGAGCGAGCUGGACCGGGUCAAGAAGAUGUACGACCAGCUCAGCGCGACGUAUCAGGAGGGAAAGAAGGGCGGGGCGACGACGAGCAGCUUCUUCCAGUGA